GAAUUUGUUUUUGUACAUCAUGAACGUAAUCGGACGACGCGUGUUUAAAGGGAUAUAGCUAGCUAGCAUGUUUUAUAAAUAUUUGCAUAUAAAAACUUCAUAUAGCACAAAAUGUCUUGCCUUUUAUUCUGUUUACACUUAAUUUGAUUAUGCAGUAGAAUAGCAUGACUACAAAAGUGUUUGUUUAUGGCACAUUAAAGAAAGGUUUUCCGAACCAUUUUUUUCUCAAUGCAAAAGAACAUGGAACAGCGAAAUAUAUUUGCAAAGCAGUAACGAAAAAUAAAUAUCCACUUGUUAUAGAUGCUGAUCAAGGAAAUCUACCAUUUUUAUUACACCUUUCUGGAAAUGGCUAUAAUGUUGCUGGUGAAGUAUACGAGGUUGAUGAGAAAAUGUUAAAAAAUCUGGAUGAGUUUGAAGUAGUUGGUGUCCUGUAUGAUUCUUUAAAAUUAAUUGCAGUCACCGAGUCAAAUAACGAACAUGAAUGUUUAGCAUAUUUCAUGCAUGGCAUAAAAGAUAAUUUAUUAAGGACUGAGUAUUUUCAAACUUAUUCCUCCUCAUUAGCAACAACUUAUGUUAUUCAUUAUUGAUGCUGUAGUGGAUGUAUUACGCUGAUCUGUUUACUUUCAUGCAAGGUGGAUAAAUUUUUAGCCAAAGAGACAUUGUUUUAAUGUAAAAACCAUACUUUAAUAAAAAAGUUUUUUAAGUCAUUAAAUUUUUCUAAAGCAAAGUUCGAUCUCCCAUAUCAUGACCAAAAAUGUUUGACGAUGACAUUAUCAAAUAAGCUUUUUUACUUGAAUAAAUUUUUAACCUUUUGAGUAUUAUAUUUUUAUCAUCAUUAUGAUAAUUAUGUAAAAAAAACCUGGAUUGUGGGUAAAUUGUUGAUGAUGUCAUCAAAAAUAUCACAAAUAUUUUUUCAUCUUUCAUGAGUGGUAUAAUUAGGUCAUUUAAAGAAUAUAUUAUUAUGCAAUAUUUUUAGUGGUUUUGAUAAUAUAUAUACCAGAAGGAGUUUACAAAUUUUUAUCAAUGUUUUUUAUAUAUUUUAUAAUUUUAUAAUAUAAAUUGUGUUAAAAUAAUUUUUGGAUUGGUGAAAAAAUUCUUAGUUUUUUAUUUUUAUAUACACAUCUCCAAAUGAAUGGAAAGAAGGCCAUUUUUAGUUCUUUUACGCUCUUAUAAUUCUUGCUACAUAACUCAACUGUUGUGUCUGGCGCUCUGAUGUCAUAUUCUAUUUUUGUAUAGUUAUGGCAUGUUUACUAGCUGGAAUUCUUUUUGUGGAUUUUUCUAUAGGUAUAAAUUUUUGAUGUUGUUGUAACAUAUUUUAGCUAUAAAUGUUUCAUUCAACCAGAUAGAAGGUUAAAGACUUUUAUCUGCUUUUAAUAAUGUACCUGUCAACUUUGUAAAUUGCAAAUUUUUCAUAACUUUUUUAAUCUACAUUGUUUUUCUUAUGGACAACGAUCACGUAUGGUUGGAUGACAA